AGCGAGGAUCGCCUUCAGAGAAUAUUGGGAAGUCGAUCAAGCCAUCUCACUACUUUAAACUCACAACACCAACCAUCUGAGAUUGUUUUAAAUUCUACUUCAGCGGAAAAAGAUGUUUCUAAUCAGAACAAAUUUGAUGUUGAUCCCGAGGAAAGUGAAACUAUUGUUAGGGAAAAAGAUGUUUCGUCGCCUAUAGAAGAUGAAGACAACCAAACUGUCCAAAGCAGUAAAGCUGAAGAAACUGCUUGCGAAUCAAAAGAUAUAGAAACGGACGGAAAAAAUUAUUUGGAUGACGAAUUUAAAGAUGUACCCGAAGUGACAAGUCGCCACCAGAAUCUUCCGCCAGCUGAAGUCAACAAAACAGUUGAACACUUAUCUUCCACCUCAAACUCUGGUAUAUGGACUCGAGUUAUAUUCACUAUCAUCUUGGCUAUUGUAUUAGUGAGCAAGUGGACCUAUGUAAACUUGGAAGUUUUACUUUCUUUGAAUAGAAACCAAGAUCGUGGUAAUUCUCAAAAUGAUUUGGUCCAGUCAGAGUCUAUGAUAUGGCCAUUCCUUGCUUUACAGCUGUUGUUUAUGUGUGUGCCAAGCUUAAGACAGACAUCCCACUCUGCCUUUAUCUCCAUGCUUACUGUUGCCCUACAACUCUGUGGAAUUCCCAUAGAAUUUACACACAAAGUCAAUUUUAUUUUCACAGCACUUUUGGCUUCCCUCAAGGACUUUGGAGUGUUUUUGUUUGCAGUGAUUGUUGUUCAUUGCAUUGUAGACUAUACCAUUACCACUGGGCUUCUUAUGCAUGUCUUGAAGACCAUUCAGUCAAGUUAAAAACUUGCGCGCUGGAUAUAUCUUCUUUUUGUGAUCCUCUGGGGUGUGCUUCAGCAUGUGGGUCAUUUGGUGCGAUAGUCUUAUUUUUGAUUGGAUAACUCAAGGUCAAUCCCUUUGAAAUUUUGAUUAUAGGUUAAGUAUAAAGUAUACUUAACAGUUUUCCUUCUUCUUGGUCAUGAAAUGUCUAAAAAUACAUAACAUAUGCAUAUUGCCCAAUUGUUGCAUGUAGGUAGUUAAAGGUUAAUUCUGCAUGCGAGCCAAGUGGGUCACCAGGCUGGCACUUAUCUCCAGUAUCAGUAGCAUGAAGCGAC